UUUGAUAUUCAAAAUCUAAUCUCCUUCGGAGACGAUUUGAUCAACUUACUGAACUCCAAGAACGGGUUCGACGUCGUAUCGCAAAGCUUCGACCACUCAGAAGCUCUCCACUUCGCUUGCGACGAGGAUCUCAAUCGGAUUCAGGAAUCUAUCAAAGAUUGUAAGAAGAAGCUAGAAGCUUAUAAGAAGAAAGCAGAUGAAGCUUAUUCAGAUGUUUCAGCUCGAGAUGACGAGAUUGAGCGUCUUCAGAGAGAGCUUGAUGAAGAUAUGGAGCUAGAACGCAAGAUAAAUGCCGAGCGUAGAGUCGUCGCUGAUGAACUCAAAGACCUGAAGGCCCAAUGGGCUUCCAUUGAUGAAAAGAGGCAGUCUUUAAAGAGAAAAGAGCGUGACGACUUAAGAGCUGAGAAGAAGCUUUCUAUGUAUGCGUGUGUCACAAAGGUUAUACCAGAAGCAGACGUUAAUGAUCCAUUCAAGAUCUCAGGCUAUAUGGUAGAUCGCGAGAAAAGAGUUGAGAAGUUCCAAUUAGAGACAAAUAAAAUGACGGCCCAUGAGUCAUGUAACAGUAUGUGGAGCAUCAUUAACAAGCAAUAGACAGAGCACUGAGUUCAUUUGUUUGAUGUGUUUGUCUGAACAGUCUUGGUUUUUAGCUUAGCAACCAAAAGCUCUUUAACCAUCUCUACGGUUCCUUAGAUGUUGUAGAAACCUUCCUGCUUAGUUAGUAAUUUGAUCACGAAUCUUCUUCUCAUGUAAUAUAUCAUCAUUCAUCUAUGAAAAAUGUACAUUAAUGUUUCAGUGGUA